AUGCUAAACUAUACAAAAGCGAAAAUUGACAAGCUCUCUAUCCUUGGGGUUCGGUCGUUCGACAACACCCGCAGUGAAACCAUACAGUUCCAUACCCCUCUGACUCUAAUUGUCGGGUACAAUGGUUCAGGAAAGACGACAAUUAUUGAAUGCCUCAAGUAUGCCACGACUGGGGACCUUCCCCCAAACAGCAAGGGUGGUGCUUUUAUCCACGACCCAAAGCUAUGCGGCGAAAAGGAAGUUUUUGCCCAGGUCAAGCUGGCUUUCAAAGCCACCUCGGCUGCCAAAAUGGUAGUCACGAGAAGUCUUCAGCUUACCGUCAAGAAGUUGACAAGGCAGCAAAAGACUCUAGAAGGUCAGCUGCUGAUGAUCAAAGAAGGCGAAAGAACGGCAAUAUCUUCUCGUGUAGCCGAGUUGGAUCAAAUAAUGCCACAAUACUUAGGCGUUUCUAAGGCAGUCCUUGAUUCUGUCAUCUUUUGCCAUCAAGAUGAGAGUUUGUGGCCAAUGAGCGAACCAUCCGUGUUAAAAAAGAAAUUUGAUGAGAUAUUUGAAGCAUUGAAAUAUACCAAAGCCAUCGACAAUAUCAAAGCUUUGCGAAAGAAACAGAACGAGGAACUUGCAAAGUACAAGAUUAUGGAAAACCAUGCUAGAGACGACAAAGAUAAAGCAGAUCGUGCUGAGAAACGGUCUCUCAAACUCCAAGAAGAAAUUGAGGCACUUCGAGCUGAGAGCCAUGAACUCUCAAAGGAGAUGAGACGCGUGGCUGAGCUUGCGGAUAAAGCAUGGAAGGAGUCUGAAAGUUACGCCGAGAUAUUAGGUGCACUGGAAGGCAAACGUAUUGAAGCAAAGAGCAUUCAGACCAGUAUCAACAACCUAAGGCAACACCUGGUUGAGGUGGAAGAGUCUGAUGAAUGGCUCCAGUCAACGCUAGAACAAUUCGAGUCACGACAAGCAGAAUACCGGAGCCAGGAAGACACUUUGAAAGAGAAAUAUAUGGAUCUGAAAGAACUUAUUGAACAGAACCGACAUAAGCUGGGCUUAAAACAAACCGAAUGCGGGAAGAAUGAAAAUGACAAAGCUCAGUUUGAUAGGCAAGUGGAGAGGCGAGUGAGACUAAUAAAAGACAUAGCCCGGCAAAACAACUUUCGUGGCUAUGACGGUGAUCUCGAUGAAAUGGAAAUCAACGAUUUCAUGGAUCGAAUCCAAAAAUUAACAAAAGAACGAAGUCAGGCCUUGGAGAAAGCUAAACAAGAAGCCCAGAGCCAGCUGAAAGAUGCGCAAUCACUCCUGAACCAACUCAGCCAGCGGAAAUCAGCCCUUCAAGAAGCGAAAAACGCUGCAAAGAAACAAAUAUCCGUGAAUGAUAAAGAAUCAGACACUAUUCAACGAAGUAUUAAUGAGAUGGACGUCGAUGAAGGAAAACGUGCUGCAAUUGAGUCAAGGAUGGAGGAGACCGAGAAAAUCUUGGAAAAGGAAAAGGAAAAGGCAAAGAAUGCUUCUUGGGAGACUGAUAUCCAACAGAAUGAUUCGGAGCUCCGAUCUCUUGAAGAUAAAUCUUCCAAGUUGAAUGCCGAGUUAAUCCAAGGAACCAAAAAAGCUGGUGAUCUGGCCCGAUUAGAUCACCUUAAAAAGGAGUUGAAAGAUCGAGACGAUGUUCUCAAGGAGGCCUCUACUUUGGUUACUACGGCAGAACGAGAGCGUGACGGUACUGGUAAAGAACUCGAGCUCAUUGACUUUAAACUCAAAAAUGCAAGGAAAAGCCUCCAUCAGCACGGGGCAGAUGUUGAGAAUGCAGCGAAGAAGAUCAAUGAUGUGAUUGGAGAUGAACCAGAGGAAUACCCGCAUACCGUUAAGCAGAAGCAAACUGAGUUAGACAUGGCUAGAAAGGAUGCCGAUCAGUACGCUGGUUUAGGUAAAUAUCUAAACAUGUGUCUAGAUGCUGUAAACGACAAGAAAGUCUGCAGAACAUGUGCUCGCCCUUUCAAGACGGAAUCGGAACUCCAGAUAUUCAAAAACAAGCUGAAAGCUCUGAUAAAGAAAGCCACAGAUGAGGACGCUGUUGCUGAAAUUGAAGCGCGAGAAGCUGAGCUGGAAAACGUUCGAGAAGUGGGAACUUUCUAUGAGACAUGGAACCGACUCACUAACACGGAUAUACCUGCCCUUAAGAAGGAACAAUCCGAUCUAGAGACUGAACGCGAAGUGGUGCUCACAAAACUGGAAGACCAUGAUAAAAUCGUGGCCCAGAGGGUGGAAUCCAAAAGAGACAUCGAAUCUUUAUCUAAGAAUAUCGCAACCAUAGUGAGAUACAACAAUGAAAUUUCAACACUUCAAACCCAGAUCCAGGAGCUUUCCGCUAAGCAAGAAGAGACUGGAACCUCUCGGACUUUGGAGGACAUUCAAGAUGAAAUUGCUACUCUCGGUGAGAAAUCUCGCCAACUCAAACGAGCUUCCAGCAAAUUGACUCAUGAGUUGAAUCAAUCUCGCGUUGAUGUCGGGAAAUUGGAAUUGAAACUUCGUGAUCUACGCAGAGAUCUUGAUAACGUUAAUUUCCAGCUUGAAAAGAAAGCUACUCUUGUAUCUCGAGUGGAGGACUACCGAAAUCAAAACUUAAAGCAGCGGGAGGCCAUUGAAAAAGCCGACAACGACAUUGAGAGCCUUGUUCCUGAGGUCUCCAAGGCUCAAGCAAGACAUGAUGAUAUUAGUACUCGUGGUGAACAAAGAGAAAGGGAAUUACAACAAGAGGUCUCUGGCCUAAAUGAUAGUUUGCAUCAGUUGGAUCUCGCCAGCGAAGAUAUCACAAAUUAUAUUGAAAGGGGGGGUCCUGCUCAGCUAGAACGCAGCAAGCGUGAACUGCAGAACAUAUCGGACGAGAUCAAACGUUUGGAAGCGGAGCAGACUGAUCUCACUCGUGAGCUAAACAGCAUUUCUACCCGUUUGAAAGAUAGCGAGAGUACUAAACGCCAGUACUCGGAUAACCUUCGAUAUCGACAGGAAUCUAAGGCCCUUAUUAGCGUGAACCAGGAGAUUGCAGACCUCGAGUCCCAGAAUGCGGAGGUGGAUCGGAGCAGAUUCAAGGAAGAAUCGGAACGGAACACACGGGAGCACAACGCCCUUGCAGCGAAACAAGCAAGCAAAAUGGGUGAAAUGAAAUCAAAGGACGAUCAACUGAUGCAACUUCUUGCGGACUGGAAUACGGACUAUAAGGAUGCUGGAGCCAAGUUCAAGGAAGCUCACAUAAAGGUUGAAACUACUAAGGCUGCAGUUGAUGAUCUUGGAAGAUACGGCGGAGCUCUAGAUAAGGCAAUCAUGAAAUACCAUGGCCUGAAGAUGGAAGAGAUUAACCGUAUCAUUGGAGAACUAUGGCAAAAGACUUACAGGGGAACUGAUGUUGACACCAUCCUAAUUCGGUCUGAUAAUGAAAGUGCAAGAGGGAACAGAUCCUACAACUACCGUGUUUGUAUGGUUAAGCAGGAUGCCGAGAUGGACAUGAGGGGGCGUUGCAGUGCUGGCCAGAAAGUUCUGGCUAGUAUUAUCAUUCGUCUAGCGUUGGCCGAAUGUUUUGGGGUUAAUUGCGGCCUGAUUGCGCUUGAUGAACCAACUACGAACCUUGACCGUGACAAUAUCCGUUCUCUUGCUGAAUCGUUACACGAGAUUAUUAGGACCCGCCAGCAGCAGGCAAACUUCCAGUUAAUUGUCAUCACCCACGAUGAAGAGUUCCUUCGAAGUAUGCAGUGUGGUGAUUUCUGUGAUUACUAUUAUAGGGUGUCACGAAAUGAGCGCCAGAAAUCUAUCAUUGAGAGACAAUCUAUCGCAGAGGUGAUGUGA